AUGCAAACGCAAAUGCAAAUGCUCCUACUACUCCUGCUGCUACUACCACCCUCCCUCUGCGCCAUCAUCAAAGGCAUCUCCGCCCCCCUCCUAGCCCGCCUAACCCAGAUGGCCACGCUCUGCAUGUCCACCUACCUCAACGACCUGUGCAUCGUGCCCGGGGGGAUGACCAAGAUCAGCGACAUCACCAACAGCACAACCGACGUGCACGGCUGGAUCCUGCGCGACGACGGCGCGCGCGAGAUCCUCGCCGUGUUCCGCGGCACCGAGUCGCUGCAGAACUACGCGACGGAUACGAACUACACGCUUGCGCCGUUCGACAUUUUCCCGCAGUGUGAGGGCUGUGAGGUCCAUGGCGGGUACUAUCUCGCCUGGGUAUCGAUUGUCGAGCAGGUGCAGGCUCGUCUGCAGGAGCAGAAGGCGCUGUUUCCGGAUUAUGGGGUUGUUUUGACGGGGCAUAGUCUUGGAGGCUCCCUCGCCGCGCUGGCCGCAGCACAGUUCUCUCCCCUCUUCGACAACAUCACCGUGUACACAAUGGGCGAGCCUCGCACCGGCAACGCCGCCUUCGCGUCCUUCAUCGACCAGCGCUACAGCACGUCCUCGCCCGAGACGACGCGGUUCUACCGGUGCACGCACGCGGACGACGGCAUCCCCAAUGCGCCGCCGACGUCGGACGGGUAUGUGCACCACGGGCUGGAGUACUGGAACUUGGACCCGACGAGUGCGGAGAAUACGUUUCCUAUGAACGGUCAACUAUCUUAG